GUGUUUAUUCGGAGGAUCGGGAUCUAAUUCUACGUUGUGUAAUAGGAAUAAUCCUAUUCAUCAGAAUGAUUAAGACCGACCAGUUAACAGUUUGUUCAGAUUGGACACAAACUGCUAAGUUGUUUUUUAUUUGCCAGUGAUGAAUCAUUGAAAUGUGGUUUUACAGUAGAUUAAUAUCAUAAGGGAUUAUCUUUAUCCAUUUAUCUCGUGUUGAGAGCUACAGAACUGACUGCAUGUGCUGUUGUUGGUUUCACCACCCACUCCUGAGUGAAUAUUUCAGAACAAUUUGAUGGAAAGUUCCAGUGAGAAUAUAACCAACAUUUUGCACAUCUAGGAGAAGAUGUUCCUAUGGUUAUCUGUGUUCUCCAAGGAACCUCAGCUUCCCGGUCAGCGUUCGCCUGAGGAACUGGUAACUAAGAUGCUGCUGUUCGAGUUGGACUCUUUGGUGAAGCGCGCUGAGCGUCUCCGUCAGGAGAGGGCGACGGAGAACCGCAGGCGAAGCUCCUGUGUGGAUUACAGCUGGCUGGCUACAGCUCCACCGAGGUCCUCCUACGAGAUUCCACCUGUCGCGAUGCUGGAGCUCCAGGACCUGUGUGCCAAGAUCCCUCCUUCCCAAUGCGGUCCCCUCAUUCUCAGGCUCAGGAAAGUGGUGACAGAGGAAGAGCCAGAUGUGACCGAGGUGUCUCGUCUGUUCCGUUCGGUUCUUUGUAAGUACCUGGAUGAGAUGGAGGAGGGGGCAACUAGGGAGAGAGCACAGAAGACUCGGGUCAAUCGCAGUAAGAGCAUGUCUGUCAUCAACCUGCGCUCACGGCUCCGCAUCAACCCGCUCUGGAGCAGGGUCACAGCGGGACACCACGAUGAAGAGGAAGAUUGGGAUGAAGACAAUAUCCACAGGAAUAGGAGGAUCAGGAUCAGGAGCAUGCCUGAUAUCAGUGUAGUGGAAGAAAGAGCACCGACAUGAACACGCUGUGUUUGGAAUAGAAAACUCUUUAUGAU